UCAAAAUAUGGAGUAAAAAUAUUAUGUAAGGAGAAAUGAAGAUAAUCUUUACAGAGUUAAAGCAUGUGAUUUUUGUAUUUUAAUUCUAACUGACCAUGUGACAUUUGGGAAGGUCAUUUAGUUUAGUUGAGCCUCAGUUUUGGGGUAUGUAAAACCACAGUAACUUGUAUCUUUCCUUGCCUACCUUCUAAGAUUGGAGAGAAUCAAAUUAGAUAAUGCAGGUGAAAUACUUUGCAAUUUUCCCUUUGAUAUGACAUUGUUUUAUAACAUUAUAUUACUGAUACAACAUUUAUUUGCAUCGUGAAAUAUCUUCUAAGGAAUAAAAUAUUUGGACAUCACUACAAUUGAUGAGGACUGCAUACUGCAUGUGUAUUUUUGAAAGCUGUAUUCUGAUUUAUAGAGCAAAAAUAAAAAAUAAGCAAGCUACCAAAUAUGUAAAUAUAGGAAUUAGCCCAGUAAUAUUUGUUUUUCUGUUCCACUAGAGGCUUUAGAGUAGUAACAGUGUGUGUUUUUCUUACAUAAGUAUGUGACAUUAUUUAGGGCAUAAUUCUAAAAUUUCUGUCCUAAGAGAUAAUGGAUAACUCUCAAAAACUUCUGAUUUGCUUGCAUCCCUUCUUGGCAGAGUGGUCACGGUAUAAUGCAAGAGGAUAGGUGAUCCCAGAGUUCAGAGUCCUCAUGCUCCCGGGAGCAAAAUUUACAGGAAAAUAAGCCCACAUGGAGCUACUGCAUUGUCUGAUGGCUUUGUUUGAGGAGGCGUCAAUUUUACUUUAAACCCGUGAGCUCAUUGAGAUCAAGGGAGAGAAAGGGAUGUCUCCAAAUUCAGGAAACUGUUGCCAUAGCAUUUUCUCUUCUCUAUUCCUACAUAGCCCUCCUCCCUCAAAGCAGCAACAAUUUUUGCUCCACCGUUUUCUUCCAGGAACCAGAUGCCUUUUCAGAAGACAGUACUCCAGUGGUAUGGUAUCUACACCAUGUAAUAACUGUACCUGAUAAGGAGAUUUAAGAAGUCUGAGGGUGGUGUUAAGUUUCUCAGAACAGACGCAUAUUUGCGGAUGCAAUUGCAGAACAGGAAACAGAACCAGGGAGAAUUUUAGGUACCCCCAAAUCUCAUUGGCCCUCCGCACAAGCCAAGCCACAGCCACUCCUGCCACACUAUCGGAUUGCUUUCAGCACUCGCAGCCGUGGACAGCUCCCUCGCCGCGCGGUCCUUUCCUCUGCAGUAAGCUGAUUUGCUCUGCCAGCAGCUGUCGGUGCCGCACUCCACACGGAGUCCUAGCCAGCGCUCACAGAAUACGCGCUCCCUCCCUCCUCCUUCUCUGUCCCCCGCCCCUCGCUCACCCCGGCCCACUCCAGCGGCGACUUUGAGGGAUUCCCUCUCGGGCGGCCUCUGCAGUAGCACAGCUGGCCUCAUUCGCUGCACUGCGAGUAUGGAUCUCCAAGGAAGAGCGGUCCCCAGCGUCGACAGACUUCGAGUUCUCCUGAUGUUGUUCCAUACAAUGGCUCAAAUCAUGGCAGAACAAGAAGUGGAAAAUCUCUCAGGCCUUUCCACUAACCCUGAAAAAGAUAUAUUUGUGGUGCGGGAAAAUGGGACGACGUGUCUCAUGGCAGAGUUUGCAGCCAAAUUUAUUGUACCUUAUGAUGUGUGGGCCAGCAAUUACGUAGAUCUGAUCACAGAACAGGCUGAUAUCGCACUGACCCGGGGAGCUGAGGUGAAGGGCCGCUGUGGCCACAGCGAGUCGGAGCUGCAAGUGUUCUGGGUGGAUCGCGCCUACGCACUCAAAAUGCUCUUUGUAAAGGAAAGCCACAACACGUCCAAGGGACCUGAGGCGACUUGGAGGCUGAGCAAAGUGCAGUUUGUCUACGACUCCUCAGAGAAGACCCACUUCAAAGACGCAGUCAGUGCUGGGAAGCACACAGCCAACUCGCACCACCUCUCUGCCUUGGUCACCCCCGCUGGGAAGUCCUAUGAGUGUCAAGCUCAACAAACCAUUUCACUAGCCUCUAGCGAUCCACAGAAGAUGGUUACCAUGAUCCUCUCUGCGGUCCACAUCCAACCUUUUGACAUUAUCUCAGAUUUUGUCUUCAGUGAAGAGCAUAAAUGCCCAGUGGAUGAGCGGGAGCAACUGGAAGAAACCUUGCCCCUGAUUUUGGGGCUCAUCUUGGGCCUCGUCAUUGUGGUAACACUCGCAAUUUACCACGUCCACCACAAAAUGACUGCCAACCAGGUGCAGAUCCCUAGGGAUAGAUCCCAGUAUAAGCACAUGGGCUAGGGACCAUUAGGCAGGCACCCCCUAGUCCUGCUCCCCUAACUGGAUCAGGUAGAACAACAAAAGCACUUUUCCACCUCGUACACGAGAUACACCAACAUAGCUACAAUCAAACAGGCCUGGGUAUCCGAGGCUUGCUUGGCUUGUGUCCGUGCUUGAACCCAGGGAUGGGGAAGACUCUUUUGGAUUUGUAGGGUGAAAUGGCAAUUAUUCUUUCCAUGCUGGGGAGGAGGGAAGGAGUGGCUCACACAGCUUUCAUGCUCAUGGUGGCUUGGCUUUGACUCUCCAAAGAGCAACAAAUGCCACUUGGAGCUGUAUCUGGCCCCAAAGUUUAGGGAUUGAAAACAUGGUUCUUUGAGGAGGAAACCCCUUUAGGUUCAGAAGAAGAGGGGUUCCUUUGCUCCCUUGGACACAGCUGGCUUAUCCUAUACAGUUGUCAAUGCACACAAAAUACAACCUCAUGCUCCCUGCAGCAAGACCCCUGAAAGUGAUUCAUGCUUCUGGCUGGCAUUCUGCAUGUUUAGUGAUUGUCUUGGGAAUGUUUCACUGCUACCCGCAUCCAGUGACUUUGCAGCACAAGAACACGAUUAAUGUAACUAUGCAGAGUUGUUUGGACUUCUUAAUCUGCCAGGUCCAAGUCAGGGGACCUGAAGAAUCAAUCUGUGUGAGUUUGUUUUUCAAAAUGAAUUAAAACACACUAUUCUCUGGC